CAACGCCCGUGUUGCACUUAUCAGGUGUUAACUUGAUUAGUUUGUAAUCAAAGUUGAUUCGCAAUCAUUCGGUCUAGGACUAAGCCUAGAUAAGUGUGUUUAGUGCUAGGUUGAAGAUUUUAUAUAAUGCGCAACUAAAACAAUGGACAAGUUGAUGUCCUUCUUUCAGCCAGAGAAGCGGCGGGCCAAGAAAGAGGAAGACAUAGAGGAACGGGAUGUGCCCGCGGUGGAAGACAGGCGGAAAUGGUCCAUUUCCCGGUCGGGGCGCAUGAAACAGGCCAAUAAGAAGCGGCAUAGUGUUGCUAAAGAUCUUUAUGGAGAGGCCUGCGUUCCCGUAGAAAAGCCAAAAACACUUGAGUACCACGUAAACAUUCCCGUCAAACCCUUGGAUGAAUCUACCAAGCCUGAAAGCCCUAGCGAGCCCAAAUCUCCAGAGGAGGAGAUAGAAAGCGCCUUCGAGAUAUUGGAUAAAGUAGAUAAAAUUGAUAAGUUGUAUGCCUCCUAGAGGAACACUACCUCUGCACUGUGCAGUGAAAUGUGUGCGAUUGUUACUAUAUAAGUAGGUAUAAAUUUUGAGAGUUCUCUGGUGCUCUGCUAAAAUGGUAUUUCG